CACUUUUGGUAGCAUCACAAAGGCGCUAUGAAGUACCUGAUCUUGGUAGUUCUUCUUGGCCUUUUGGCUACUCUAUUUGUGGGAUCCACAGAGGCUAGUUUUUGCCCCUGCAAUCUCCGGAAGGCGGAGGUGUGCGGAUCUAAUGGCGUCACAUACAAAAAUCGCUGUGAGUUCGAGUGCUCUCAGCGGGAGUACAAGAAACUCGGAAGAAUCCUAAAUGUCCGAAAACAGGGACCUUGUUUCCAAAUUAAAUGGAAUUCAAAAUAAAGUUUAACUAAAUAAAGCAUUAAUGAUUUUGUAA